AUGGACGGGUCUGGGAGAGGCGGAGGCGAGGCAAAGAUGGUGGUGGAGGAAGGUAGACGUGGAGGGUGCCAGCGGAUUUCCCUGCUGUGGCAAGGAGUCGGUGCAAAUCGUGGAGACACACUGGAGGAAGAACUGUCAGAACAAGAGCCCCCACCCAAAGUGGACCUAGACCUGGACCUAUACCCGGACCCAGACCCAGAGCCGGAGGCAGACCUAGGGAUGGAACUGGACCUCAAGGCCCUGCUGCAGUCCGACAUGUACCCGACAGCCAAGCCUGGAGCUCAGCAGGACGUGGAGCCCUGCGACAAAGACCAUGAGCAGCAGGGGUACAGGAUAGAGCCUGUCAACCCCUACCCAGAGGGGCUGCUUAUGCCACAGAACAUUACACAGUGGAGCUUGAAGUCAAACUCCAGCUACCUGAGUUCCAUGGAGGAGGACCAGAUGUCCAUCAAACAUCACUCCAUCUGCGUGCAGACCUCCCAACACCUCUUCUCAGCCAACAAGCUCAUCCAGGCCUCAGAACACAGUCUGCAACGGUCAGUAAACAUGCAGGUCAAUGAAAGCAGUGCAAGCAAGACCAGCCAGCCGGGCCAAGUGUCUGUCCCCAUGGACACCUUGUGCUCCAAGCAGCAGCUCCAGACCCCCAACGUCCAUCCAGCUCUUGCAGCCACAAACUCCCAGCCGCCAGCAAACCCCUGCCUGUCCUCCCCCAGUCUCCCCAAGGCCAUUGGCCUGACAGAGCUCAUCAACUUUGCAUCUUCCCUGGCCCUGUCCUCCUCCAGCAAGAUGGACUUGCCCAAUUUGAGACACAUGAUCAAAGCUUCACCUCAGAAGGCCAUGGAGCCUUCUACAGAGCCCACUAUGGACACAUGCACAGAGACACUGCCAGAAAAACCACCUGAAGCCGGGGAGCCACAGAGAGCUUGGAAUCAGGCAGACAAGCACUUCCCUUGCUCUUACCUUGACUUUAGUAAGCCGGGGGUCAAGAGCGCCACCAUUGAAGGGGAAGUGCAGCUUCUCCAGCCACCAGCCAUAUCCCCACAGCUGCAGGGAGCCAAGGAAGACUCAGUACCGGGAACCAAGAAAGGGAAUCCAUUAUUCCUGAAAAUCCAUUUUAAGGUGUCAUCCCCCACUACCCCAGAGAAGUGA